CCAGGAUUCUCGCCUGCAGCAUCCCAUGGACAGAGAUAACUGAUGGGCUGUGGUCCACAGAGUCACAAGGAGUCAAGCACAACUGAAGUGACUUUGCACACACACAGGCAAAGUCAAUGUAAUCACAGUCCUGCCUAGUGAAAACCUCCGAAAAGUUAAUUGGAGGAUGUCAAACUUGGGACAAUUUGACUCUGACUUUUACCCAUCUAAUUACACCAUUGAUAAUCAGGAGCAUACUUGUAAUGAUUUUAACCCCUGUGGAAAUCUUUAUGGAUCUGGAAAACAGCAAGCCAGUGAUCAGCCUCAGCCUGCCUUUGUCCCAGCAGAGAUGCUCAUGUCAUCAGGCUACUCUGGACAGUUUUUUCAGCCAGCAUCCAACCAGGAUUAUUAUUCACCGUCUUCUUACAUUGACAGCUUUGAUGAAGAGCCUCCUUUACUAGAAGAACUUGGAAUUAAUUUUGAUCACAUAUGGCAAAAAACCUUGACAGUGUUAAACCCAAUGAAGCCAGCAGAUGGCAGCAUUAUGAAUGAAACAGACCUCACUGGGCCGGUCCUGUUCUGCGCGGCUCUAGGAGCCACCCUACUUCUGGCUGUUUUCUUCCCGUUGUUUCAGGCAGGAAAAGUCCAGUUUGGUUACGUGUAUGGCGUGAGCGCUGUUGGCUGCCUAGGCAUCCACGCCUUGCUGAACCUGAUGAGCUCGGCGGGAGUGUCCCGCGGCUGCGUGGCCAGCGUGCUGGGUUACUGCCUGCUCCCCAUGGUCAUCCUCUCCGGCUGCGCCGUCUUCUUCUCGCUGCAGGGCACCUUCGGAACUGUGUCGGCCCUGGUCAUCACUGGCUGGUGUAGCCUCUCAGCCUCCAAAAUCUUCAUGUCAGCUUUGGCCAUGGAAGGACAGCAGCUUCUCAUUGCCUAUCCUUGCGCCUUACUUUAUGGACUCUUUGCCCUCUUAACAGUUUUCUGAAGCGUGUUCAAGAUGGCAUUAUGGGAUUCUAUUUGUUUGCUGUUCAGGUUAUCUUGGAAAUGGUUUAGCAUUCACAUUUGGUCAUAUGAUUUCUGUUUUUAUCGCUGUUAAGAGAAUAAUAAGCAGAGAGACAAAAUAGCACUUAAGGAUGGGACUCUAAUAGGCUGCUUGGUUUGAAUGAUGAUUUGCUUUUUGGUUGGUGCAUUAAAACAAUUUAAAAUACUUUAAAAUAAAAGGAUAUAUAGUUGUUGUA